GCUACCACGUUUUCUUUCUUUGUUUCGUAGUUUAUCCUAGUGUUAAUAUUGAAAGUUUUUUUUAGUACAGCAACGAACAUUCAUAAAAUGAAGUUUACAAAACUAUCAUACACGAAAUUAAGGAAGAAUAGCUUAUGCCUAAAGAAGUAAAAUUAUUCAGACUCGCACCUUUGUCAUGCAUAUGGCUACCGCUGAAAUGCCUAUAUAAAUCCCCAUUUCACAAAUAGUAUCAAAAAAAAAAAUGAAAGUCAGAAAUUAUGGCGAGUACUCAAAUGUUAUUUGAGCCAUGAAAGAGUAGAUAAUCAUUUUUAAAUAUAAAUAUCCUUGUGGCUCAAUAAUUCUUUGAAAAAUAGUAGAAUUGAACCCAAAGAAAAGUUUAUCAUUUAAAGUAUUUGCGUGACUAAUAACAAAAAUAAAGUUUUUUUUUUGCACAAUAAUAUUCUUUUUAUAACAUUACAUCAGGCCAUUUUCUUCUUAAUGGGUGGAUCGAACUCGAAGGGACAUGCUAAAGCUGUUCGCACAAAGAAAACAAGCGCGCAACGUCACUCAGAAAUUACUUCUCCUGACCGAACUAAACUUCAAUUAAAAAUGCAGAGAGAUAAUUUAGUUGCAGCCAUACGUAGAUUUGAGAUUGUUGGAAAUAUAGAGCAUAAUAAAGCAAUAGAGUUUCUCAAAGAAGGAAAUAGACGAAAAGCAUUAUACUGCCUAAAACGUGAACGUGCGCAAAAUGAUCAGAUAAACACCGUGGGUAAAAUGCUUGAUAAUAUUCAGAAUCUUAUUGAAACCAUUGAUUUUAUGCAGAUUGAAAGUGAGGUAGUGGCUGCACUAAGAGAUGGUAAACAUGAAUUGGAGCAGCUAAAUAAAAUUCUCAAUAUCGAUGAUUUGGAAAUGCUUAUGAAUGAAACUAGGGAAUCUAUUGAGGAGGCGCAACAAAUCAAUAAUGUAAUUAACCAACCAAUUUCCAGUGUUAUAAAUGACGAAGAUUUGAUAAAGGAACUGGAGGUACAGAUGACAGAAAAUAGGGAACCUAAUAUCCUUGAUUCUAUAGAGGUUCCACAUCAUAAAUUGAAGCAAGAUGUGGGAGCAAAAGUCACCUCCGAAGAAUUUUCGAAAAAAGCAGCUUUAGAAUCUGUGUAAAACUUUCUGUGUGUUCUGAUUUAUAUUAAAGUUAAUUGAACAUAGAUGUUCACCCAA